GUCUACUCACUUCGAACAAUGUUAGUGCCAACACCCAAAGGCAUACCAAGACCCUCCAGAAAUUCGCGCAGAAGAUUAUUGAUUUGCUUUCGUCCUGUGGCAUUUCACUGGAUGGGACAUCAGUAGUUUCAUGUUCAUGACCAGUUGGCUGAGGAACAUCAGUUUCACCAAAUGCUGGAUCAAAUGUUGUUUCACAAUCAAGUCUAAGAAUUCCAGUAACUACGAUAUUAUCCCUACAGAGAUUCAAAAAGGAAGGAAUUUCAUAACAUUCCCUUUUCUGUAAUAUAUUCUAUUUCAUUUAAAAUCUUCACACACACACACAAAAAAAAAAUUAUACAGGAAAUUUCUCACCUCGAUAAAGAGAAGAAUUCAUCGAAUCUUGCUCCUUGAAAACAAAACAAACAUUCUGCCAUGGAAUUGGUGUUUAUGCCAUCUCUACAGCACUCAGCUACCAUAAAGUUUGCACUGAAAAUAAUCAUAGACCACAUUUCCGAAGUGUUUCAAGAAUUAACUCAAAAAACUUAUCUCAUUGAAAAAACGUCUUUUGAUUUCAGUGGAGAGCAAGAAAGAUGGAUGAUAACACAAAAAAUAACAAGAAGUUUAACCAAUUUCGUCCCCGACUCAUUACUAGAGCCAACUACACAUUGCAUUUACUUAAUGAUUUCAGAAAUUCACUACUGGAUUAGAGAUCACUAUAGUAUUAUAACAUAUAUUGAAAAAAGAUAUUUCAGGAAUCAUUUUAGUUGGGGUCCAGAGGGCACAAUUGACAGAGAAAAGACAGCAAAGGCACUGAUUCAGAACAAAAGCAUCGACAUUACUGUUCGCUUCGUCAUAGCCUGCAUUUACUUCUUCGAGUAUGACAUUCUGAUCCUAUGGUCAUUGAUGACGGAGCUGCAAAAAGGGGAAAUUCUCCAUAUAGACUCUAAUCCAUCGGUCCAAUUUUGGAUGAAAUGGUUGAGAAUAAAUACGAAGCCCACUCGGGCCCAAUGGAUAAGAAAAUAUUUAAGUCCUCGCGGCAUACUUCAAAUAAUAAUAAGAAAAGUUCAUCGUAAGCCUAAGAGAUGCGGUCGCAUAAGACUGAGCGCCAUUUUCAUGCAUCUGCAUGAGCAAAGUAGACUUUUCGACUUUAAACUGUGGUCACAGCAUGUGCAUUUCGAUGACUUCAGUUUCUACCUUUGUUACCAGUUUGAACAACAAAUGAGCUUGAAUGCUUAUCGUGCCAAAAUAUUGAGCAAGAAACUAAGUCCUAUAGAUGUGCUCAAAUGCUAUAUGACUUCUCAAUUUAAAUUCUUUUUACUCUCUUCAGAUAAUCAUCCGAACAUUUUUGAAACUUUCUUGCAUGACGUCUUAUGCGUGAAAAUUCUGCAUGGUGUGCAUGAUUUUGAUUAUUUGCAAGUUUUUAACUUCCUGCGGCUUACGUUUCCGCAUAAUGGUCUUAAACUUAUUCAAAAGAGAAGCUAUUUUCCUCUAAUGCAUACUGUAAUGAAAUGCGAUUUCUUUUAUGAGAGGACUUGAAGUCAAAUGUCUGCGCCGCCAAGCACACGUGCACUGAGGACGAAUUCCCAUCUCCAUCCAUGAAAUCCGCCCACUUGUAUUCAAAGGUUAUGGAAAAUUUCGACGAGAGAGUGCGAUGAGCCGGCAAAUACGUGGAGGCCCUGUGCAUUAUUAUAUUUUUAAUCAAUCCAAAUCUUGUCUGUAUUUGUUAAUCAAUUCAAAUCUUACGUAAACACGUUGUUCUAUCGUGUAACGCUCUAAAUGGUCGUCAAAUGUUUUUUUGUUUUUUUUUCAUAGGGUUGCCAGCACUUUACUGCACGACUGGACACGAAUUCAAAUCUUGUUUAUAUUUUGGGACACCUUUUAUAAAACUUAGUGGCAUGACAGUGAGGUCUUAUCGCUUCUUAAAUUUUUAUUUCAAUGAUUUUAACUUGGGACAGGAAAACAUCCGUUGAAGUUUUCGUAGAGGAUUUCUUCUUCUAAUAGGCAAUCACGAUAAAGAAAAAAAGGUGUUAUACAUUGCUUAUAACAUAUUUGAAAACAUCCUGAAAUUUUCCGACUGUGCAAGCUCAGGUGAAAUUACUAGCAAAAUGUAAUAUAAAUUAUUAAAUUCGAUGUUCCAGAAAUCAGCACUGGACACGUUUGACAUUAUUAACUGCUCAAUUAUUAUCCUAUCAAACAGGUCUGCUGAUAACGUCUCUAAGCUUAACAUGAGCGUUGAUUUUAGCUGUAGCUUGUUUCAGAUUAUUGAAGUUCCCAUCAAAAAUAUAAGGUUGAUUCAAUUCCGGACGCAGUCUGUCUCUCUAUCUUUGAAUGAUGUUGGAAGGUUCUGUAUUGGAAUGUAAGCAGGAAAGUUAUCUGUCUGGUCGCCAGCCCUCCACAGUCUAGCAUCAAUGCGCAAUAGCUCUCAGAAAUUUUAUUUCUUUAUUUAUUCUUGCUGUGAUCCAAGAAUGACAUUGAACGUGUGAUUGAAUAAUUCCAUGCGGUGUAUGUAGUUUGCUUUUGAGUGAGAUUCUGAAAGCAGAUAAAAAUGAUCUAGGAAUAAUCAGUGCAAGAGACUGGUUUAUGGUUUAAAAGAACAGAAUGAACUGCAUUGCCAACGCACUCUAUUUAUGAUACAUAUUUUUACAUCAUAAAAAGGCAAAAUUGUGUUCCUAUUUUAGGCAAAUAUUGAAACAGAUUAGCCUAUUUCCUAUUAGCCUAUUUAGCAUGAUAGCAAUAGACGUAAAUGUUUAAUCCAUGAGAGUGACUCGCAACUGCUUAACGUUGGGAGUGAUUAAUGACUCUGAAAGUGAUUUAGUUGGUUUGGAAAUAGGCUAAUCUGUUUCAAUAUUUGCCUAAAAUAGGAACACAAAUUUUAAGCUAUUUUUCAUUUUUAAACUGCAAAAAUAUCUAUCUUCAAUACUAAAAAAGUAUCUGUCUUGCAUUGAAGUCAUUGUAAAUAUUCCAAAUUGCUAAAUAAAUCCUAAUUGUCAGA